CGCUUGUCAAAUCAAACGAGUGACCACAUCAGCCGGCUGACAGACUGCUGCCUCAUCUACCCUUAGCUUUCACUCGGUUUUUAUCGACUAUUUGCACCUCUAAAGAACUGUUCUUAUUUAUUUUUUGGUGACUUGUUGCUCUCACAUUUGUGUCCCGCUGAGAAUGGCCGACCCAAAAUACGCAAACCUACCAGGAAUUGCUUUUAACGAGCCGGACGUCUACGAGACCGGUGACCUCCCAGAAGAUGACCAGGCUCAGUUUGAGUCGGAGGAGCUCUGCAGCGACAGUGUGGAGAGGAUUGUGGUCAACCCGAACGCAGCCUAUGAUAAGUUCAAAGAUAAGCAUGUCGCCACCAAGGGACUUGACUUCUCAGACAGAAUCAGUAAAAGCAGAAGAGUGGGCUAUGAGUCGGGAGAAUUUGAAAUUCUUGGAGAGGGCUGCGGAGUGAAGGAGACACCCCAGCAGAAGUACCAGCGCCUGGUCAACGAGAUCCAGGAACUCACUCAGGAAGUGGAUACCAUCCAGACGGCCACUAAGGAAACCAAUGCAGAGGAGCGUCUGACCCCAGUUGUACUCGCCCAGCAGGCGGCUCAGCUCAAGCAGCAACUGGUUUCUGCUCAUCUCGACUCUCUGCUGGGACCGCAGGCACACAUCAACCUGGCUGACCCAGAUGGAGCGCUUGCCAGGCGUCUGCUCACCCAGCUAGAGGCAGCCAAGGGCAGUCGUGGUAGCGGAGAGAGCAAACCAAUAGCAUCAGCUAAGGGCCCAGAUGGAGUGGUGCUGUACGAGCUGCACAGCCGACCAGAGCAGGAGAAAUUCAACGAGUCUGCCAAGAUGGCGGAAUUGGAGAAGCGUCUCGCUGAGCUGGAGAUAGCUGUUGGCUCAGGAUCAGACAAGCAGGGACCUCUGAGUGCUGGUGUACAAGGUGCCAGUUUGAUGGACACCAUUGAGCUCCUGCAGGCAAGGGUCAGCGCACUGGAUUCUGCUACUCUCGAUCAAGUGGAGGCCAGACUGCAGAGCGUCCUCGGGAAGAUGAAUGAGAUUGCUAAACACAAGACAGCGAUUGAGGAUGCUGAUACACAAAACAAGGUGUCGCAGCUUUAUGACGUGGUGCAGAAGUGGGAUGCCAUGUCUACCUCCAUACCUCAGGUGGUGCAGAGGCUCGUCGCUGUCAAGGAGCUGCAUGAGCAAGCCAUGCAGUUUGGCCAGCUGCUGACCCACCUGGACACCACUCAGCAGAUGAUCAACAACUCUCUGAAGGACAAUAACACCCUGCUAACACAGGUCCAACAGACCAUGAAGGAAAACCUGGUGGCUGUAGAAGAGAACUUUUCUGCACUCGAUCAGAGGAUGAAGAAGCUCUCCAAUUAAGCAGCGAAAGAGUUUUGAACCGGUCCAGCAGAGUGUAGAGAACAUGGACAAACAAGAGUUGGCUGGGGAGCGCUAUUGCUUUCUACUUUGCCUCUGCCUUUUUUUCACUGAGUGGAAUGUCAGAAAGUGGGAAAAGAUGGAAUAACAAAAUAAGAAGAGACCAAAAUGUUCUUGUCCACGCUCCUUUCCUCUUCCUUUUUCUUGCAUCAAAUUGAUAUCAACUGAAAACACUUUUGUCCACUUUAUUCAUGCCACUGACCGAUUGCAGUCCCCUGUUAAGCUUAUCGACUUUUAGACUGGAUGGUUUUUAUAAAAUAUUAGUAUUAAAGAUGAAAAAUUCCUCUAUCCCUUGGAUCCUCACACUAUUACUGGAUUUGUACUGUAAACUUUUGGUCAAGUCAGAUGGAUCACGGUAAUGUUGGGUUAAAGGACGGCACAAUAAAGAAGUUGUCAACUGUUUAAAAAAAAGAUUAAAAAAGGAUCGUUUGUCUUCUAGUGUUGUAGCAGGAGCACGUCUGUGCAGGUUUCAGGGCCAAGUGAUGGAAGGACAGCUUGUAAAUAUGCCUGUGUACCUUAUUGUUUCUUCACGCUCAGUCGCUUGUAACUAUAUUAUUAUGACUGAGGCCGGACACCACAGACAAACUUUUAAUCUGCUUUGUCAUUGCCUACAAGUCCACUGUAAUGUACGUCUGUGGUCAUGGAAACCGAUCAAUAAAUCUUAAGUGCGAUAA